CGUGAGCGACCUUCCGCCAUCUUGUUCAUAAUUGUUUCAGCAGUUUUGUUGAUUUCCAUCAAAAACUGAGAUGAUUCGUGGCUCACAAGUUUGCUUUCUCGCCCUUCGUGGAGCAGCACACACUACGAGAGCAUUCUCAGUCUCCAGCCAGUGCAACACAAAGGUUGCUGUUUUAGGAGCAGCUGGCGGUAUUGGUCAGCCAUUGUCACUGCUUCUUAAGAUGUCACCAUUGAUAAACCAUCUGGCACUGUACGACAUUGUCAACACACCAGGUGUUGCUGCUGAUCUUGGCCACAUUGAAUCUACAGCUAAGGUAACCCAUCACCAAGGAACAGAACAAAUUGAAGAUGCAUUAAAAGACUGUGAUAUUGUCAGCAUACCAGCAGGGCUACCACGAAAACCUGGUAUGACCAGAGAUGAUCUGUUUAACACAAAUGCAACCAUUGUCAAAAACUUGGCUGAAGCUUGUGCAAAAUAUUGCCCCAAUGCUAUCAUCAGUAUAAUUUCUAAUCCUGUGAACUCUACUGUGCCAAUUGCAUCAGAAGUAUUUAAAACAGCUGGUGUUUAUGACAAAAAUAGAAUAUUUGGUGUAACAACUUUGGACAUUGUCAGAGCAAACACAUUUGUUGCUGAAUUGAAGGAUCUUGAUGUGAGUAAAGUUAAAGUCCCCGUCGUUGGUGGUCAUUCUGGUAUCACCAUCCUACCUCUGUUAUCACAGACACAACCCAAGACAUCUUUCACGCCGGAUGAAAUUGCAGCUUUGACUGACAGAAUUCAGAACGCGGGCACCGAAGUUGUGAAUGCAAAGGCUGGUGCUGGUUCUGCAACGUUGUCAAUGGCUUAUGCUGGUGCAAGAUUCGUCUUUUCGUUACUGAAAGCGUUGCGCGGUGAUUCUGGUAUUGUUGAAUGCGGAUUCGUCGCUUCUGAUGUCACAGAGGCAAAAUAUUUCUCUACACCACUUGAACUUGGGAAAAACGGCUUGGUUCAAAAUCUCGGCCUCGGCGAACUGUCUGAUUACGAGAAACAAAAACUUGCAGAGCUUAUGCCAGAACUACAGAAGAACAUUAAGAAAGGAGAAGAAUUUGUUGCCAGUAACUAGACUGAGCAAGUCCAGCGUGUGUGCAACUCUUCUGGAAAAAACUCCGUAUUUAUAAACAGUAAAAUUAGAAAGAAAAACGCAUCAAUAUCUCAAAAUUCUAUUUGGAUGGUCAAGUACAAGGAUUUGAAUAUCUGUAUGACACUGUAAUAAAAUUUUGCUAUUUGUAAUUG